CCUAGACAUGUUCUCCCAUACUUACUUUCCGCUAAGAUAGCUUUUUUAAACUGACGCUUUUCAGGAGCCAAAAGCGUGACUUCCACUGCCAUCCAUCCUGCAACCUCCGUCCUCGGGGUAGACUCAGUUCACAGAGCAGUUGCUUUUUACAUAAAAUGGUGCCUUGGUCAUAGUUGGUGACCAACCACAGACCGUGCAGGGCUGCAAACUGCGCGUUCGCCAUGGCGGACAUGGGUCGACACGGACCAGAGCAUCCGACGCACCUUCACACAGCGUUUGAGGAUCCUGAGGCACAGGCAACUACGGACGUUGAUGCCCGAGCGAACGGUGUCGACGUGGACGCUCCCUUGCGUCAUGACUUUGACCAGCCACGCAUCCUUUCCCACAGCCAGACUUCCCUCACGGACAACACCACAGCCGCUUCAGCAGCACCUUUACCUCGACAUCUGCAUCACGAUAUAACCUUCCCUCAGCGCCAGCACUCCCAACCCCUUACCUCCGCCUCCCAUCAUCACCACCAUCGCCAUCCCCAGCCAUCCCGACAUGGCGGCACCACGCCCCCACGCCCACAUCCCUCUCGCCGCAGCGGCCCUUCCUCCCCCUACCGCCCACCCUCCCGCUCCCACUCCGCGCGCCUCUCCACCUGCUCCUCCCCAUCCACCAUCAGCGUGCGCCGCGGCCCCAGCCGCGGCCUCUACACCUCCCCUCAAGGCACCCUAGACGGCGCCACCCUGGCCGCCGCCGUUGCCGCGGCUCCCAUCAACCGCGCACCCUCCCACCGCUCGCCGCCCACCUCAGCCUACCGCGGCGCUGGCGGCGGCGGCGGCGGCCUCCGUCGCAACGAAAGCAGCAACACCCUUCUCAACAACAUCCAUCCAGACAUCCUAGAUGACCUCCGGGCGCUAGACGACUUGGAAGGCGGCUCACUGCUGCGGCCGCUGCUGGCGCAGGAGGGUGGUGGAGACGGCGGCGGCGAGGGGGGUGGCGGCGGCGACGGCGAUGGUGGAGGGGGUGGUGGAGGGGAUGGUGGCGGAGGAGAUGGCGGCGGCGGGGGGCAUGUGGAUGAGGCGGAGACGUAUGAGGUGAAGGAGCUGCUGGAGGCUAAGCCGCGGGACGUGCUGCAGUUCAUUGAGGAGGAGGGCGUUGUGAAGCUGGACGAGUGGGAGGCUGCUGACGGGCUGGUGCUGCGUGCGUUCGGCGGGGAGCCCUUCCUGGUGCUGGGGCACGAGCACGCGGAGCCGCCCGAGCUGCGGGACAUGUGGAUGGAGCGGCUGGGGGAGGGCGGCAGGGUGCAGGGCACCGGCUGGACCUCCACCCUCUCCGUGGAGGCCCAUGUGGUGAACCUGUACGACGCGGCGGGGCCCGGACCCGCGGGUCUGCUGCGGCCGCUGCUGGCGCGGCUGCGGGUGCACGGCUGCCCGCCCACCGUGUUCGCGCUACCAGCGGUGCAGGCCGUCAUCGCUCACAAGUGGAACAGCUGGGCUCGCCACUUCCUGAUGGCCGAGUUCGUCUUCUACGCGCUGUGGCUGGCAGCCUUCUCAGCCUUCUCACUGCUGCUGGAGGACGGAGCCGACCCGGUGCAUGCAGCGGCGGCAGGAGGUGGAGGUGGUGGUGGAGGCGGAGGAGGUUUUCGGUUGUUCAGUAGCGGCGGCGGUGCAGGAGAAGAUGACGGCGAGGGCGGCGCCUACGGCGGCGCCGCCUUUUCAAUUCCCGUCAUCCGCAUGCUGGCGAGUAUCGUACAAGCGGUGACGGCGACGCUUCACGCCGCGCCCCCGCUGGCAGGCAGCGACUCCGCAACCGCCGCAACCGUCAGCAGCAGCAUCAGCGGGGCCAUCAGCACCCCCGACGGGGUGUGCUCCGCUCGUUUCCUGGCGUUUUGGGACUGGGGUGCGCUGGCUGGGUUGCUGCGCAGUCCCCGCGGCCUGGCCCAGCUGGGUGCGAGCACGGCGGCGGUGG